CUUUUUUCGUUUAGCUUCUGCUAUGUAUACAAAAUUAAAUAACAAUUCCAAUCUGUUUAUUACCGCUUACAGAAUGUAUAAUUAAACUUUUUACUGUCCAAUUAAAUUCUUUUUUCAAAGUCAUCCUAAUAAAAUCACUUAAUGUGUGUAUCUAAUGAAGCAAACGUAUAAAAGAGGUGGAUUUGUCGUAUUUUUCUAAUUAUUUAUUAUAAAAAAAAGGGAGUAAAAAAAGUGAUAUGUCUGUGCCUAGUAUUCUUCGGAAUUGUUCCCAAUUACCAGCGGUGAUUGCCUUUGGAAAUCCUCUUUUAGAUAUUAUUACAAGAAUCAACGGGAAUGACCUUUUGCUUAAAUAUAACCUCAAAGUCGAUGGACAGGCGGAACUUUCCACCGAGGAAACUCAACAGCUUCUUCAGGAAUUACCCCCGGAAUCCGAGCAUAUAGUGACACCAGGAGGAUGUGCACAAAACACUUUGAGAAUAUUACAAUGGCUUUGCGGUGGAGCACAACUUCCGCAUAUUGGCGUUUUUUAUGGAAGUAUAGGAAAUGACACGAGGGGCUCGACACUAGAGAAACUUGUGCUUGCUGAUGGCGUCGAUGUGCAUUACGCUGUACAUCCAUCGCUGCCAACUGGCUUUUCAAUAAAUAUAAUAUCGGACAAUUCUUGGCGAAGUCUGGUUGCAAAUUUAGGUGCGGCCAGUGAAUAUUCAUUGUACAAUCUUCAUAAUGUGAGAUUGCCAUUGGAAACAGUGAGAAUUAUUUACAUCGAGGGUUUCUUUAUAACACACAGUCACGAUGUUGCCAAAGAAGUUUGUAAAAUGGUGCAUGGAAAGGAUGUGAUUAUUGCAUUCAAUUUAUCCGGAGAAUAUGCUUUUACGGAUCAUUAUAAGCAAAUAAUUGAAAUGGUGGGAAUGUCGAGAAUUGUCUUUGGCAAUGUAAAUGAAAUGAAAGCGUUGGCACAAUUUUUGAAUAUACAAUUUCAAAGUGUCGAGAAUAUUCCAUUUUUAUUGAAUAGUGUGACGAGAGUUACUGUCAACAUUUCUGAUACGGAAUCAAAGGAUUGGUUGUCAACGAGCGGAGUAUUUGUCAUGACACAGGGAGGCGAUGGUCCAGCGACUGUUGUUUGGGGUCAGGGAAAUUCAGCUCAGGUACAUCCAAUUAUUCCAAAGGCACCGAUAAUUGACACAACCGGCGCUGGAGAUUCUCUUGUCGCUGGUUUUCUCGCCGGCGUUAUAGCGCAAAAAGAUCCAAAAACGUGUUUAGAAUGGGGUUGUCAAACGGCGUCGAUAAUAAUAACAAGAUUAGGCGUCACUGUGCCAAGUGGAACACCAGAUUUUAUAGAUUAAAAUCCUUUUGCCUUCUUCUUUUUCUUUUUCAUUGUUCGAUGAAUACGAGAUUAUAUACAAUUAUAUAAAAGCGAUAAAGGAAAGGAAAAAAAUUGUUAAAUUAAUCUUUACGCUUCAAAGUUUUACACGAAGGAUUCAUCAAAAAAAAAAGGGAAAAAGAAAUGAAAAGUAGAUAAGUAAUUGAAGCUCCCAUGGAUCUGAUUUUAGUACAAAAUAGAUAUUAUUUUUCCUGUUAAUCUAAUAGGCAAGAAUUUAAAAAAAAAGGUAUUUAUCAUUUUCUCGUUAGGUAAUGGAUUAUUUUUUAUUUUCCUUAUUAAGUUUAAUAUUAUAAAUAUUUUUAAUAUUCAUAUAAUUGUUAAUGCAAAUAUUUAAAUAUUAUGAAUAUUUAUAAUAAUGAUUAAUAUUAUUACUAUCAGUAAUAGUUAUUAUUAGUAGAAAGUCAUUUCGAAACUGAAAAACAAACAGUUUUGAAGAAAUACCUCGUGAUAAUCGCCAGAAAUUGAAAUCAAAAUAGAAUCAUUUUGUUUAGAAAAAAUUAACACUUCUUCACCUAAAGUCAUUUAAAACAUUAGUUUCAAAUUUUCACAAAAAUUCGAAUUUGUUACACAUUCUCAAAAAAAAAUUGAAAAUAAAAAAAAAUUAUUAACUUUUUUUUCUUUCAAUUUAAAUAUUUAUUUAUUUAUUCAUGAUUAUAAUCUUUCUAUUAAUAGACAAAAUUUUUAGAUAACAGAAAAUGUUAUGAAUUAUUAAACUAAAAUUGUUAAAAGGAAAAUUUGAUAUAAUUAUUUUAUUUAGAAGAUAAUUUAAAAUACAAAUUUUAAAUUAUUUAAAUUAUUUAAAAUACAAAUAGAAUUUAAAAACCAAUUAAAGUCUUGAGUUUCAAUUUCUGGUUUAAUAUAAUAAUUAUUGUAGAUAAAUGUCAAAAUGUACAAAAAAAAAGAAAAAACAGAGAUAAAAUGUAAAAAGAAAAACAAGAAUAACUAUUUUCUCUAUUGAACUUUUUAGAAGCAGGAAAAUAGAUAUUUUUUCUUGCUUUA